GUUUAACCUCCGAAGGGAAACUGUAGUGUACAUGUUUAGACAGGAGGAGCUUCUGCUCGUUAAUGGAUGUGUGUAAAGACGCUAAACUAACAGUGUCGGAAAACCGUGAAACCUUCAUCGUGGCUCUUAUCUGAAAAUAUUUUGUCUGAGAAACGCUUACUGUGGACUAUAAAAAUGUGGAUUCUCCGGUCUGUUCCCCUCCUAUUGUGCUGUUUACUGUGUGAAGCUGGAGACGAGACGGUCACACUGCAGGAACUGGAAGGAACCACUAUCACUCUUAAUCCUGGGAUAACUGGGAUUCAGAGUAAUGCUCAGAUUCUGUGGAGGUAUGGACCUGAGAAAGAGGAUAAAACGAUAUUGAACAGUUAUAUGCAUGGAGGAGUAAUUUUUACGAACAUCAGUGAGGGAUUCAAAGAGCGACUGCAGCUGGACAGAAACAGUGGAGCUUUAACCAUCAGGAACAUCAGCAGAACUGAUUCUGGAGUUUAUACAUUCCACACCCUCAAUGGACGUGUCUCAUCUAGGACUUUCAGUGUCAGUGUUUAUGCUCCAGUAUCAACUCCAGUAAUAAUAAAUGAAAGAGGAAAGCCAAGUGUGAUUUCCACAGAGACAUGUUUCCUCCUGUGUUCUGUGGAGAAUGGAGAAGAUGUGAAGUUAUCCUGGUACAGAGAGAAUGAGAGAAUCUCCAUCACCAAUAACACAGAUCUCAGUGUUCCCCUCAAUCUCUCACUUCAAAUACAACACAAUGACACUAACACUUACAUCUGUGUGUCUGCAAACCCUGUCAGCCAUAAAACAACUUCUCUCAUCAUCACACAGCUCUGUGACGUCUCAGAUGAUUGUCCCUCUUCACUGCUUAUUGCUCUGAUAUCUGUUGGAUGUAUUCUGUUAUUUAUUAUGAUAAUAUCUUUGGGGAUUUGGCUGAAAAAGAAAAAAACACAAGAAAAACCUGAGAAACCGACUUCCUCUGAUGUAAAUAGUACAGCUCACAGUUCAGAGAGAGAAAAAGAGGAAGAAAACUCCACAGUAACGGAUGCUGAAGUAGAGAGAGACUCUGUGGUGUAUUCAGACGUGAGGAGCCGCAGCCUGCAUUCUUCUAAUGGUGGACAUGAAGGAAGUGAAUAGUUUUUGUCUCUACGUGGGGCGGUGCGAUAACCUGACGAAGACGUGACGAUGACACUGACGCUUUCGAGCUGAUUUACAUUAACAAUCCAAAUUCUUUACAGACCGAAAACACUAGACAUCAUCGAUGUGAGUCCUACCUGUGUAGAAAGUUCCUGCAGGUAAAUCAGUUCUCUUUCAGAAGCCUGAGUGUAAAACCAGGAAGAUGUUUCAUCACAUCACACAGGAAACAUCCUGGACAUUUAAAAGGACUUGAUCAGAUAUUCUGAAUAUAAAGAUGGAAUUUCAGGAUGAAAAAGGAUUAAAGUACAGAUUAAGCAGUGAGACACACAGUCCUGAGCUCAGAACUGAAGAGAAAAGGUCACUAUCCUGAUCCAUUUCCAUAAAUUUGUGUAGUAGAUCACAUGAGGGAUAAAACUGACAUUCAGUAAAACAAUGUCUUAUUCACUUCUCCAUUCUCACAUUUAACACUUUCACAAUGGAGAGAGUUUUAUAUCACUGAUGGGUUUCAUCAUGAUCUUUCAUAUGAUAACCAGUGUGGACAGGUGCAGAAGAUAAAGAACAUCAUCUUUAAACAUCUUUUAAUAUCUUUUUUUAUAUAUAAAUAAAAGCACAUUUUGGCUUUUAUUCAUGUUUAAAUGGAAGUAUUUUAUCUUCCAGGGUAAAAGUUGUUGAUUUCUGUAUAAUGAGGAAUCAACUUUAACUUAAUCUCCACAUUACAGCAGAGAGAGAGAGAGUUAAUGUUGUGAUCUGGAGUGUGUUCACUGUGAGAUUUGACUUCCAGGAACAGUGUGUGUAUAAAACACAAAAUAAGAGAAGUGUGAACACUAUCACAGGAAGUGUUUAUGUUAAAAUGAUGACCACAUGCUGGUUAAAUCAUUAAAACCCAAUGAAUGACAACAAUAAAUCUUGUGUGUGAAUGUUAUUUAAUUUAAUCACACUAAAAUUAAUAGAGAAUUGAAUGAAGAACUGAUUUAAUGUUAAACUUACAUUUUAAAAGUUAAACCCACUUUAUAUCCACUGAGCUCCAGAGGACUAUUAAAUAAAUCAAUGACAGGUUUCAGUCAUAACCAUUAAAUGACGUCUGCACUGAUUGUUCUGAAGAAGAAAAUCAGGUCUCAGGUGUCUAAAACUGACAUCCAGCAUUUUUUCCAUUCUUUUGAACUGAGGUGUAGAUUUACAAAUGGUUCUGUACACAAGACAAACCUGUGUGCUGGUGAUUGUUAUCUAAUAUAGUUUACUGUGUAAACCAAAUGUCAAAUACACAAUGUUUAUUAAUCUAGAA